AUGAAAAAGUUUACAUUCAAAGGAGUUUUGGAUGGAUUUCGACAAACAGUACAACCACAAGCUAUACGACAAGAGCAUGAGAUUCAAGAAACGCUUAAAGCAGAAAAUUUUGCCGUAAGAAAGACAUUUCGCCAUGGAUUCCCUUACUCGCCUACCGCAUUUGCGUUCGAUCCUGUACAGAAACUGUUGGCUAUUGGCGACAAAGCAGGCAAUUUGCGAAUACUUGGAAGGCCUGGUGUUGAUGCAUAUGUAAAACAUGAAGGCGAAUCGGCAUGUGCUGUAAUUUUGGCUGAAUUUAUUGUCAAUGAUGGCGCUCUGGUGACCGUAACGGCAGACGAUACCUUACAUUUGUGGAGUAUACGUCAGAAAGUGCCCGUUGUUGUACAAAGUUUAAAAUUUCAACGUGAACGGGUGACGUGCAUACAUCUACCUGUGCAGAGCAAAUGGUUGUAUGUUGGCACGGAAAAGGGCAACAUUCACGUCGUCAAUAUCGAUACUUUCGCUCUUAGCGGCUACGUUAUUAACUGGAAUAAAGCAAUUGAAGUGGUUAGAGCUACUCAUCCUGGUGCUGUGAUUGCAUUAUGUGAUAAUCCGUUAGAUGCGAAUAAGUUACUAAUGGGAUAUGAAAGUGGUUUGCUGGUGUUAUGGGAUUUAAAGGGUAAAUUUGCGGAAAUACGAUGGCAGGCCGCUGAACCGGUUAAGUCGAUAGCUUGGCAUUAUGAGGGCAAAUAUUUUGUAUCCUCGCAUACUGACGGCACCAUUUGUUCGUGGCCUACACGACCCACACCCAAGCCACAAUCACUUGUUUGUCCACAUGCCAAGACAAACAAAGAUGGUGCAUUGGAGAAAUGCAAAGCCAUUUAUAAAGUCGAUUUAAAAGCUACCGUAACUGGCGAAACUUACACGAUUUUUUCGGGAGGCAUGCCCACAGAUAAGGGUUCCAAAUCGAAUUGCAUUACAGUUAUGGUGGGGAAAACGACAACCGUUUUAGAAAUGGAGCAUGCAGUUGUUGAUUUUAUAAUACUUUGUGAGAAGCCCUGGACGUGCGAAACCCAGGAACCCUAUGCGAUAGCGGUACUCCUACAAUAUGAUUUAGUAUUAAUAGACUUACUUACAUCCGGUUUUCCAUGUUUCGAAUCGCCUUAUCCUAUGGACUUACACGAAUCACCUGUUACAUGUUGCACUUAUUUAACUGAUUGCCCCUCGGAUUUGGUUCCUGCUUUAUACUCAAUUGGUCGUACUACGACAAGCAAGAAGAACGCCUUCUCGGAACGCGAAUGGCCGAUAUCGGGUGGUGAAUGGUCGCCAGCCUCGUGUAGCUAUUCAGAAAUUGUUAUAACUGGUCAUCAAGAUGGUAGUUUAAAGUUCUGGGAUUCUGGCGCCGGCUCAUUGCAGGUUUUAUAUAAAUUUAAAACAGCAAAAUUUUUUGAGAAACCCAAAAAUAUCACCCAUUCCUCGGAUAAUAAUAUUGAGUUUCCGUUUGCUAUACAAAUAAUAUACCUUUGCUCAGAAUCACGACGUCUAUGCGUGGCCGGUUCGAUGGGCCAAGUAAUGUUAUUUAAAUUUCGUAAAGUCGAAACGCAUUCAAGUAUUUUUGUCUUGGAAAUACCCAUAUUUUCCGAUUAUUUUGAUGAUAUUUACGGCACAAGUCCUGAAUUUGAUUUUACACCGCAUCAAGUUCAAAAAUCCGAAUCAAGUGAUUCGGAUAAGGCGGAUGCAGCAAUAAAUGUGAAAUCGGGUCCUUUGCGAAUACCACCUGGUUUUCAUCCGCAAUUAUUCUGCUUUACAUUUGGUCCAAAUAAAAAAUUGGUACAAGUAACAUCGUUAGCCGUUAAUUCAAGUUACGGACUAAUGGCUUAUGGCACCGAAUAUGGUCUUGUUGUUAUCGAUAUUAUACAAAAGAAUUAUUUAUUAAGUGUUGCCUGUCCGGAUCUGUAUGGCGGUCAAGAUCCGUAUUCGAGGACACCAAAGAGUCCUAAACGCUUAGAAAGUAAAGAUGAACAGAGCCGUUCACCAAGUUCUGAUCAGCUAAAUGACACUACAAGUCCUGAUAGCCCAUCUAUCGAAUUUAUACCAGAAGUUAAUGAGGAAGCGUUGUUGUCAAAUCAAAAUCAAAAUAGUUCGUCACGUCCGAUCACACCUGAAACCAAUGAUAGGAAUGCAGUUACAAUAACUAAUGCCAGCUUAGCGACCGGACUUGGUGUUGCGGUUGCUAGGACCACUGGCGGCGCAAUACCGAAGAGUCCGUUACGCGAAGGUAUACCAACUGUGCCGGCGGGCAAAGAUUUGCAAGAGCGUCGCAAAUCAAUGUCAUGGAAAACGUUCAAUUUAAAGCGUCAAUUAUCUCGAGUCAAUAUGAAAAUCGGCAUUGGAUUAAACAACGAAAACGAAGCAAUUACCGGUAAAGGCGGUGGAGGCAGUGCGAUAUUUUAUACUCAGAAGGAAUGCUCUCCAGAGGAGGAAGAUCAAUCACCAUCUAAAGAACCAAUCGUUGUGGGUGUCGAGUGCCGGGAGAGUAUGUCCGAAAGUAUUAUGGGAGAUGCAAUCGAUGCCCAGAGUGAGAAUACUUUCUCAGAGGAUUCCAGAGAGCAAUACAGCAGGGCAGAAACGAAUCAGGAGAUUUUUAAAAAAGUCGACUUUAUGCCCGAAUCAGAAGAGAGCGACGAUAAGCAAGCCUCAAGACCAAAUAACUUGCCACUAGUAUCUAGUGGCGGCAACGCAAGCACCUCAAUUACGACAAGUGCAGUAGGCGUUCUUGGCGAAACGGGUAUACCGGUUAAACCGCCUCGACAAAAAUCCAAAGAGAAACGCGAUCAGCGUUUACUCUCAGUACCAAAUAUUAAAUAUCAAUCGCGCGAUAUGCGCUCACGCACAACUGUACGUAACGAUUCGUCUCCUUCGUUCAGCGGAAAUAAAACAAAAAAAACACAAAAAUUGGAUGGAUCGUUUUCGAGGUCAAGAUCUUCGUCCAUGUCAAGCAUAGACAUGUCUUCCACGGAAUCUGUUACCUGUUUAGCUUUUAUGGAGAGCUUUGCCAAAUUAAAAGAUGUAUUUUCUUUAGUUCCCACUUUAUGGAUUGGUACCAGUUUCGGUUCGGUGCUGACAUUAUUAUUUAAUAUACCCGAACGUGAUGUUAGAAGCUUGCAACCGAUCUCUAUCACUCUAAAUGGUAAACCUAUUCUGCGUUUAAAAGGCUCAAUAACGUCGAUGUCAUUUUUGGAUUCAUUUGGCGCAAUUAUACCAUCUUCCUAUGAACCGUGGCGUAACGAUAGUAAAGAUACUAAAGAUAAUGAUUGUAGUCUUCAAUUGAGUCCGACACGGACGCCAACAACUGCCAAUACAACAUCAAACACAUCCGGGGGAAAUGUGAGUAGCAGUGCGAGCAGUAGCGGCAUUAGUGGCAGCGUUAGCACCGGUCUUGAUACAAUUGCCGAUCGACAAUUUGUUGUUGUGGCCAGCGAUAAACAAACAAAGGUCUUCGAUAUUGUUAAUCAAUGUUGCGUUAAUCGUAUACAUUUGUCUGAAAUGGAUUUUGCAGUUAAGGCGGAAACUAUUUCAAUGAAAGGCGGUACCUGCUUGGUGACCUAUCUUUCAAAUGGACAUUUAUUGGUUCAUAGUCUUCCUAGUUUAAAAUUGUUAUUAGAUGCUGAUUUCUUACCGCUCAUGGAUUUAAGUUUUCAAACUAAAUGCAAACAGGGAAUAGUGGAUCCAAUGCUUUCGAUAUGGGGUCAACAAAUCAUUGUCCACGAAGAUACAACACAAAUUUCUAAAAUUUUUUGCUUCAGUAAUAAAGGUCAUGGUUUGUACAUGGCGUCACCCACCGAAAUUCAAAAGUUUACCAUAUCUGCAGAAUUUUGUCAAUUUAUCACGGAAAUGUUGGGUUCACUCUUUACGGUGCGAGAGAUGCCAGAGCAGCCAAAAGAAAGCUUUUUUAAAGGUCUAUUUGGUGGCGGUACCAAAAGUAUCGACAGGGAGGAACUAUUUGGUGAACAAAGUGGCAAAGCAAAUCGUUCUGUAGCUAAACACAUUCCCGGUCCUACAUUGGAUCAGCUGGGUCAGCGUGCUUCAACCGCGGCCUCGGAAAUUAGUCGCGCUCAUCAGCUAGCCAUGGAACGUGGCGAAAAGCUAAAUUUACUUGAAGAGCGUGCGGAACGCAUGGCGAAUCAAGCUCAAGAUUUCAGUGGCACAGCACAUCAAUUAAUGCUUAGAUACAAAGAUAAGAAAUGGUAUCAGUUGUAAAAUAUUUAUACUUUAGGAGCCAAUUCUACCACAGUUAUUGUAAUAUUGCUUUUAUAACACUUUCUACUACAUUUGAGAAAAAACAAAAAAAAAAAAAAAGAAAAGAAC